CUCCUGAUUGUCCUGCAGCUGCGGGAGGCUGAAGAUCAGGGCUGGUGGAUUUACACCGAUUUGCUUGUUGGGUGUUUUUUUUUCCCCCCUCCCUCCCCUCCUCUCUCUUCUCUCCCCUCCCACGCAGCUCUCCCAGCCCCAGGCUGCUCCAAGCGCUGCGGGGUGUAGGGAGGGACCGAGGGUGCAGGAGGCAGCGGAGGAGGAGGAGGAUGGUGGCGAUGGUGAUGCUCUGCAAGCGCCGAGGAUGCGGGUGUUGAAGUUGGAGAGCGUUUGCUAGCAGCCAGCCAUGCUCCGGCGGCACUCGGCUGGGCUGCCCGGGAGCUGUGAGUACAUCCCUGCUUCCCCAGCCCUCCCGGAGGGGGUUUCCCACUGGAGGCUCAGUCUCUGUGCAAGCUUCCUAGGCAGAUCUGGAGCUGCAGGAUUAAUGGAGACACCAUGAAAGCAGAAGCCAGGGACUGAUGCAUCCUGACCUCACCACCCACCAUGGAGCUUGCUAACACCAAAGACUUCCAGUGGAAAACCCUGGCCCCCCUCCCCAGCCGCAGGGUCUACUCCACCUUGGUGGAAGCUGGUGGGCAGGUGUUUGCCAUCGGGGGCUGUGAUGACAACGGUGUCCCCAUGGACUGCUUCGAGGUCUACUCCCCUGAGGCCAACCAAUGGACUUCGCUGCCCUCCAUGCCCACAGCCCGGGCAGGGGUAGCUGUGGUCAACCUGGGCAAGAGGAUCAUGGUGAUAGGAGGGGUCGGAGCGAAUCAGAUGCCACUGAAGAUAGUGGAGAUGUACAACAUAGAUGAGGGCAAGUGGAAGAAGAGGAACUCGCUGAGGGAGGCAGCCAUGGGCAUCUCGGUGACAACAAAAGACUACAGGAUCUAUGCAGCUGGUGGGAUGGGAGCUGACCUGCGGCCACACAACUACCUGCAGCACUACGAUGUGCUGAAGGACAUUUGGGUGUCCCUGGCAGCCAUGCCCACGCCCAGGUACGCUGCCACCUCCUUCCUGAGAGGCUCCAAGAUCUACGUGCUGGGAGGGAGGCAAUCCAAAUACGCUAUCAACGCCUUCGAGGUCUUCGACACCGAGACCAGGUCCUGGACCAAGUUUCCCAACAUCCCCAACAAAAGAGCCUUCUCCAGCUUCGUGCCCACAGAAGACAAACUCUUCAGCCUGGGGGGGCUGCGGCAGGGCCGGCUCUACAGGCAGCCCAAGUUCAUGAGGACCGUGGACGUGUUCGACGUGGAGCAAGGGGGCUGGCUGAAGAUGGAGCGCGGCUCCUGCCUGAAGAAGCGGCGAGCUGACUUCGUGGCUGGCUACCUGAAAGGCAGAGUUGUCGUGGCUGGAGGACUAGGAAACCAGCCAACCGUCCUGGACUCCGCAGAGGCCUUCCACCCUGAGAAGAACAAGUGGGAGAGUCUGCCCCCCAUGCCCACCCCGCGCUGCGCCUGCUCCAGCAUCGUGGUCCAGAACUGCCUGCUGGCCGUGGGUGGGGUGAGCCAGGGCCUGAGCAGUGCUGUGGAGGCUCUGUGCCUCUCCGAGUCCUAACUGCCUCCUGCCUGGCCAAGCACCUGCCCCUUGCUGCCUCCAGCAGUGGUGGUGCUGCUGGGUGACCACCACCUAAGCUCUGCCUGAAGCCAGCCUUGCUCUGGGGCCAGAGCUGCUGUUCCUCUCCCUGCUGGGUGCUGCCGCUCCAGCUGCACAGAAGGAAGGAGCACAUUGGCCAGAGGUCCUCCUCAGUUGUCUUGGCAGCUCUGCAGGGAAACCCAGAGGAAGGAACUGCUUGCAGUGCUGGUAUUGUGUCUCCUGCCAGCAGGAAGGGCUCUGGAGAUGAGGGUGUGGGCAAAGGUCUGCCUGUGGCCAUCCUGACCCACUAGCAAAGGUGCUGGGUUUGGAGGCAUUGGGAGUAUCCAGCCAGGUGAGUGGUGGUUCAAGGGAGACUGUUGUCAUGGUGCCCUCUGAGCAUCCUGGGAUCUCCAGGUGCUUCCCUGCACAGAUCCUGUUGGCUUCCAAGAAGGGGCACUCCUGACCUGCAGCCAGAUCCAGGGGAUCAUUCUUUUGCCUUCAUAGCAAGGCUUCUCCUGCAGACCUGUAGCAUUUGACUGUUGCUUUGCCAGGAGCUGCAGCAAAGGGCUGCCAAUGCUCCUAGGAGGGAUGAAUGCCCAAGGGAGUGCUUUGGCCAGAGGGCAGGACCUUCCUUUUGGCACAGGACCAGCACAGACUCUGCCUUUGCUGAGUUUCAUGCAGAGAUGACCUCAACCUACAAUGUUCCAAGCUGGUUUUUAGCUCUUUUAACGAUGUGAGAUGUUCUGCUCAGCCCUGGGAGAAAGCAGCAGAACUGAGGGAGUCCUGGAGGUGCCAGGCAGUGGCUUUGGCCAUGGCUUUGUUGCAGUGAAGCCAGAAGACCUCUACCAUCAUCUUCCCCCUUGUUUUGUUCUUCUCCAGGCAGUUUGCAGGAGGAGUUUUGUCCCAACCAGGAGGUUCCAAUUCUAGCUUGUAGCAGUUGCACCAUUAAAAGCUGUCUCAGAAAA